UCUGCGCGGGCGGAGGCAGCAGGAGCAGGAGCGGCGAGCAUGGCCCGCGCGGCGCCCGGCGCUGACUGAGGGUCGUGCUGUGGCAGCCUGGCGCCUGGCAAGUGAGGGGAACCUGCCAGGGGAUUACCGUGAGCUAACGGCAAGACAGGCUGGCCUCAGGGGAGCGGGGAUGGGCAGAGCAGCCGCCCAGCCUCGGCUAGCAACACCAGGGAGGAGGCCUGCGCCCUGGUGGGGAGCUUGACGCACAUUCGGCUGAUGAGACGGUGUUGGACGCGGCACCCGCCUGAGCAGCAGCUGUUCCCAGCACCAGAGGACCCCACCGCAGGAGCAGAAGCUUCGCAACCCCUAUGCGACUACAGCUGGGGCUGUGGCCACCGGGAGAGGGGACCAGCACCUCGGAUGGGAAGCAGUAGGGCAGAACCUAACAUAAGGAGGAUCUUGGUUUCUAUCACAGUUUUCUGACAGCCCCGGCACUUCCUGUUUUUUUUCUUCUCAGGGUUGGGUUCUGGUUGCCCUCCUCUGGCAGAGGGUUUGGGCCAUCCAAGCUGGGGAUGACUCUUGUGGGGAACCCAGGCCCCCUGAAGCCCACGCGCUCUCUGCUGUAAUCGGAGGACGAGGGCUUCCCCGCUGCAGGGGACGAGGGGCCGCCUCAGUGUCUGCCCAUGAACCACAAGGACCCCAACUGCUCCAGACUGGAUUGUUUCAAGCCACCAAAGAGGGGGCCCCCCAGAGCCGGCAGCCAGAAAUCCCAAGGGACUAGAGGGCUGGGAUGGACUGACCUCCCCCUCACCAGGGCAGUAGGACAGGCAGAGCCUCUGUGGCCCAGCUAGUGACGGAGAGACCCGAUGAAGCCCUAAGCAGGGGCCUGAGUGGCUCAGGGACAGGGCAGCCACUCCUGCUGACGUGCUUUCUCCUUACCGUGAAGGAGGGUGUGGGCGAGGGACCCCUGCCGCGGCACGUGCCCCUAUGCCCUUUGCACGUGGUGCCAGAAUAGGCAGACUGUGCCGUCGCUGGCCCCUCAGCGGGCUGGGAAAGGAGUGGCCGCGGUGACGGCUGCCUCCCCGCCGGCACCAUGAAGUGCUCCCUGCGGGUGUGGUUCCUCUCCGUGGCCUUCCUGCUGGUGUUCAUCAUGUCCCUGCUCUUCACCUACUCGCACCACAGCAUGGCCACCCUGCCCUACCUGGACUCGGGGACCCUGGGGGGCACCCACCGGGUGAAGCUGGUGCCCGGCUAUGCCGGCCUGCAGCGCCUCAGCAAGGAGGGGCUCGCGGGCAAGAGCUGUGCCUGCCGCCGCUGCAUGGGCGACACGGGCACCUCCGACUGGUUUGACAGCCACUUCGACAGCAACAUUUCCCCCGUCUGGACCCGAGAGAACAUGGAUCUUCCCCCGGAUGUCCAGAGGUGGUGGAUGAUGUUGCAGCCCCAGUUCAAAUCACACAACACCAACGAGGUGCUGGAGAAGCUGUUCCAGAUCGUACCGGGGGAGAACCCCUACCGCGUCCGGGACCCCCACCAGUGCCGGCGCUGUGCCGUGGUGGGGAACUCGGGCAACCUGCGGGGCUCUGGCUACGGGCAGGACGUGGACGGACACAACUUCAUCAUGAGGAUGAAUCAGGCGCCAACUGUGGGCUUUGAGCAGGAUGUUGGCAGCCGAACCACCCACCAUUUCAUGUACCCCGAGAGUGCCAAGAACCUGCCCGCCAACGUCAGCUUUGUGCUGGUGCCCUUCAAGGCUCUGGACUUGCUGUGGAUCGCCAGCGCCCUGUCCACGGGGCAGAUCCGAUUCACCUAUGCCCCAGUGAAGUCUUUCCUUCGAGUGGACAAAGAAAAGGUCCAGAUCUACAACCCAGCCUUCUUCAAGUACAUCCACGACAGGUGGACAGAGCAUCACGGGCGGUACCCUUCCACAGGGAUGCUGGUGCUCUUCUUUGCCCUGCAUGUGUGCGACGAGGUGAACGUGUACGGGUUCGGGGCCGACAGCCGGGGCAACUGGCACCACUACUGGGAGAAUAACCGGUAUGCGGGCGAGUUCCGGAAGACGGGCGUGCACGACGCGGACUUCGAGGCACACAUCAUCGACAUGCUGGCCAAGGCCAGCAAGAUCGAGGUCUACCGAGGCAACUGAGCCUGGCCUCGCCGCGACCCUCCCCGCCCAGGCGCGAGGCUCGGGCGCGCGUUCCCGCCCGGGACUCCAGACCAGCCCAAGGACGGUGGCGUCGGCGUGUGCGCUGCGCCCCGCCCCGGGCAUCACCAGGCAAUCGAGCAACUCCAGAGUGCGAUCUGGACCAAUCAUGCUGCAGUCCAGCGAGCGCCUGCUGUCCCCCGCCAAUCACGAGAUUCUGGGGGCUGUUUCGGGCCCGACAACCAAUCAGCGCUGCAGUCGGGCGAAGCUCGUUUUUUCAGCCAAUCAUGCGACUCGAGGAGAACUUCCGGCGCUGGGCCGUCUCCUCCAAUCAAGGCCUCGCGGGGCGGGCCGGCAGCUGCGCAAUGCCUAUUCCCUUGUGCUUUUGGAUGAGAUUUUUAUUUCACGCUUACUGUGGAGCGGAGGAUGUUUCGGGCUUCGAUGAAGUGCUUCUCUGUCUUGACAGCGGGGAGCGUCCCCGUUGCUGGCUUGCCUGACUCCGCUUUGGCGCUGCGGAGGACCCCGGGAAGGCGCGGGUCGGGCGGCCUGGCCCUGUCCCGCCCCCGGGAGCGUCGUCCCUCGGGGCCUCGGCGGGGCUUGUGGGGGUCGAGGAGUGGCCUGGGGAGUUUCCAUGGGGCGCGCCUUCUCCCCAGGAGGAAAACUAGCGGCCUCCGCAAUCUCUCAGGCCUCUGAGAGCAUUGUAGAUUCCACAUUUCCCUUGUCCGUCAGGCCCAGAUGGGUGAGUGCAAACCCACCAAAGAAAUGCAGUCGCGGUGACGCCCGCGGGCCCCUCCCCUCCCCGCCCCGGCCACCCUAUGGAAUGGCCUCUGACCAGGGCAUUUCGUGUCUCACGGGAAAACUAGGGAGUUGAAUUCCCCCCUUGCUGGGGGUGGAAUUUGCCUAGGGCCCAACCCCUGAACAUAGGUGUAAGAAACAGGGCAGGGGACAAGGAAGCUCUGUCACAUCCAAUGUAAGGUGCUUCUCACUCACGUGUGCCCUCGGCCCCUUCUGUUCACUCACAACCUUUUUAGUGUCUCUCCUUAGGCCCUGGGCCUCCUCACCAGCCUCCUCGUUGCUCUGGGAAAAAAAUCAGAGAACUUGCCCUGGGAUCGGGGCCUGCUGCUGCUCGCGCGCGCUUUCUCUCCCUCACACAGGCACACACACCUUUGGCUUUAGGGAGGGAGAGCAACACUAUGGAAAGAAGGCUGGAGGUGGGGAGCCCAGCUGCUCGCUGCAUGUCCCUUCCUCCACUCGUCACCCCCAAGAGUGAUGCUUGCUUCGGGGUGACUUUGCUUUGGGCUCCUAAUUUAGUUAAUGUGAAGCUACCAGGUAUGGCUGACCAACAAAGGUUCUUUUAAAAUUCUGAGCUGGCCGUGCAAGUAGCCAGGAGCCUCGCAGGGAGGAGUAGACUUGCCCGCUGCAUGCCUCCUGCCGCGUGCCCCCCUGCUCACCUCCUGCCUCCUCCCUCGACCCACCUUCCGUUUCCGCUCAGGAGGGGCUGGGAAGCUGACCACCAGGGGUUCCAGCUGGAAGCUGCUGGCGCUACUGAACCCAGCUUAGUUCCCCAGAGGGAGCUGAUGGUCGUCUCACCCUUCGAGGCUGGGCAAGUUUAGGAGGGGGAAAGGGCUUCUGUGAAGCUCCCAAGCCACUAAAAGGAUCCAGUUCCCACCAGUGAUGACACAUUUCCCCCCCCUUUUCUCAGAUGACACCACCAAGCAGCCUCUUGGCCAUUGGUAUGGUUCCUGCAGCUGGCUGGGGGAACAGUGACCAGCAGGGGAGUUUGUUAGGGGAGGGUUGGGAUGGGCAGUGGGCACCCAGAAGAAUUAAUAUAUUGAGAGCUUAGCUUGAGUCUGUUCCUUCCCGGUUCCAAACAUAGGAGGAGUAAAGAAUGGGGGUGGACGGGGGAUUUAGUAGACUGCCUCUCAGGGCUCCCCGCUCUGUCCUAGAGGGUCAAGGCACCAGCCAUUCUUGCCAGUCUCAUUUCAGUGCUUCCUGAAGAGGCUGUUUUGAGUGCUUUGAAGAUGAAAAACAAUGCAAUUAUGCCAAACAGUAUUGAGCAGAAUAAUUUAUUUCUUUGUUUCUUUUUCUUUUUUUGUUAAUGUUUAAACCAUUAAUCCCUGUUCUGGAAGAGGUAGGUCCCAGCAUCCAGCCCAGAUUUCCUUUUAUGCAAUAGUUAAAAGUUUUUUAUUUCCUUCCCUUUCUCUCUUUCUGAAUUAAAAGAACAACAAAACUAUAUAGUCUUUCGUUUGUUCUGAAACGUGCAUGAUCAUGGGAAGAAAGCAGAUCUGAGAAUGGGGACCUGUGAACGGUAAUGGCUGAGGAUGUUGGGGGGGAUGUGGGAGGCAAGAUGAUGCCCAGACACCCUGUCUUUUGAGUGACCGAAGUCCCCAAGACACGUCUGAGGGACUGUGAACAUUUUGGUUAUA